AUGAUUGCUCAAAAAGGAUUUUGGGGAAUAACAAAAUUUGAAAUAUCAAUUAUAGAAUGUUCUAUUGGAUGUGAUUCUUGUAAUAAUAAUAGAUGUUUCAAUUAAGAAUUAUUUUUUAAUUAAUUUACUUCACUAGACUUUUCUUUUGUGGAUAUUGAAAAAAGAUGGUAAACUCAAGAUAUUACAAAUAUUUAAAUUGAUGAAUGUUUAGGUAAAUUAAAUUAAAUAAUUUUUAUUUAGGAUUUAAAUAUCUAGUUUCUAAUGGUGAUCAUUUGAUCAAAUAUUUUGAUUUAGAUUAUCAUCAUGCAAUAAGCUUUUAAGUAAAACUGUUGAUAUUUAAUUCAUAAUCAACUUACAUUCAUAUUUUUAUUGAUGAUGUUUUUGUAACCUCAAUUAAAUAUAUUUAAGUAAAAUUUGUAAUGGAUUUAUGUAAACAUAUUUCUAUGUAGGAAAUUAAUCUAUUUUAAUAUGAACAUUUUAAUACAAAAUUAAAAUUAGAAAUAAAAGUAUAAUUAAUUUAGGAUAAGAAUUAUAAACAUACCUUUAUAGGAAUAAGAGAUUUUUAAUUUUUUCUAAUAAAUAGAUCAUUGGAUGAUAGAUGUUUUGAUAACAAUAUUGAUCCUUUUGAUGGAUGCUUUUCUAAUAAUUAUGAUUGUAUUUAAGGUUGUGGAUUUUGUAUAAAAGGUAUUUGUUAUGGUUGUAUGGUUGGAUGGGAAUUUAAUGAAUAAAUAGGCAUUUGUAUUCCUUAUUGUGGUGAUGCAAUUAUUACUUAUAAUGAGGAAUGUGAUGAUGGUAAUGAAAAUGUUUAUGAUGGAUGUCAUGAAUGCAAAUAUUCUUGUCAUAAUAACUGUAAAAAGUGUGAAUAUGGAAAAUGUUUGGAAUGUUUAAUUGAAUAUGAAUUGGAUUUUCAUAAAAAUCAAUGUAUUCCUAAAUGUUUAGAUGGAAUAAUAUUAUAUUAAGAAAUUUGUGAUGAUGAGAAUAGAAUUCAAUUUGAUGGGUGUUAUAAAUGCUAAAAAAGUUGUUAAAUAGAAUGUUUAUUUUGCUCUAAUAAUUAGUGCUAUCUUUGUCAAGAGGGUUGGCAACUUCAAUAAUAUUAAUGUAUAUAAAUUUGUGGAGAUGGGCAAUUAGCAAUCUUAUCCAACGAAUAAUGUGAUGAUCUUGAAAAUUCAUAUUGUACUAAUUGCAAGUAUCAAUGUGAUCCUUUCUGUGUGAUUUGUGAUAAGUUUAACAAUUGUGAUAUUUGUUAAUCUCCUUUAAUUAAUAUAGAUGGUAAAUGUUUACCAGUUUGUGGAGAUAAUGUUGUUACACCCCUUUUUGAAUAAUGUGAUGAUGGAAAUGAAAUUCCAUAUGAUGGUUGUUAUCAAUGUGAAUAUUAAUGCUCUUAUGGAUGUAUAAAAUGUGAAAAGGAUAAUCAUUGUGUAUAAUGUUAAAACUCAUAAUUCUUUUUAGAUACUCAAUUUUUUCAAUGUAAAACACUAUAAUCUUAAAUUGAAAUAAAACCAGAGGUGGAUGAAAAUAUUUAUAUAUAGUGUAGUUAAAAUUAAGCAUUUAUUAAUAAUUAAUGUAUUAAUUUAUGUGGUAAUGGAAUGUUUGAUAGAAAUUUUGAAUAUUGUGAUGAUGGAAAUAAUAAUGGGGGAGAUGGAUGUUCAUCUUAAUGUUUCGAAGAAGAUUCCUAUAAAUGCAUUAAUCAAGAUAAUUAAUUAAGUUAUUGUACUUUUAUCUAACACCCAAAUUUUAUUAUAAUGUUACUCUCUGAUAAAUAAAAUUAAACCAAAAUUAUCGACCUAAGUUUUUCUUAAGAAGUUUAUUUACAAUCUAAACUUAAUUUUGAACAAAUAGUUGAAUUUAUUAUCAUUCCAUAUACUUAAUUUGGAUUGUCUGUUGUUCCAUUAAACAACUUAACUUCUCAAUUAACCAAUCCUCAUUAUCAAAUUUCAAUUUAAUUUUAUUCAUCUGUAAUUAAUCCAAUUUUAUAAAUCAAAAUUCAAUAAGAUUCAAUACUUAAUUAAUAUGAUUUGGAUUUGAAUACUAAUUUUAAAGAAAUACCUCUUGGAACUCCUUUUGUCUUAUCAAAAAUUACUUAGGAAAAAGUAAUAUAAGUUAUCAAAAUGAAUGAUGCAAUGGUAUAUUCGACUGUUAGUAUUGCUGGAAUUCUUUUCUUGACUGGUAAUUACAUUGUAUUUUUCAACUUAUUAGAUUUAUUAUAAACUUUAUCUUAUAUCAGAUAUAUGUAAUAGAAAUUUCCUCCUCAUUUAAGAUAGUUUCUUGAAACUUAUACAAAAAUAUCUUUAUAACCUAUUUUAGAUAGUUUAAAAGUUAAUGAAAUUAUUGCAAAUCUCAACGGAAGUACUCUCCCAAAUUAAAAAAUUCAAUCAUCACAAUCUAUAUCAAAUAAUGUUUUAAAUUAGUUUUAUUUAAUAAAUGCCAAAGGAUGUUAUUUGUCUUAUAUUUUAUCUAUACUUACUUAUAUUAUAUGUUGCUUAAUUUCUUCAAAUAAAGUGUCAACAUGGUUGGGUAUAUGGUAUAAAAAGAAUGAAGAAAAUUUGAAAAUUCUUCACUUUAUAUUGAAAUUUCAAUAGAAGAUCUAAUUAAAGUGUUUAAAUAUUAAGAAUUAUUAUUUCUCUUUAGGAUUUUUUUAACUAUUUUAUUCAACACUUCACUAAUAAUUGUUUAGCACAUUAUUAUAAUUUCCAAUUUACAAUUUUGAUUCUCCUUUUAAAAUAAUUAAUAGUAUUGCUGCAUUAGGGAACUUAAUAUUUCUAAUUCAUAUCCUUCUUAAAUUGCUUUCCAUCACAACAUCUAAAAUUAAAGAUAAACAAAAAUGGAAAUAUUUCUUUUAAGAUACUAAAUCUGAAUUUUGGGCAACUAAUUACAAACCAUUUCAAAUUUAUAGAACAGUAUUCUAUAUUUCUAUUAUAACUAAAUUCAUAAGAUAUCCUGAAGCAUAAUCGGUUUUACUGUCAAUGUCCUCAUUAUUUUAUUUAAUCUACUUGAUUCUUUAUAGACCAAUAAAAUCUAAUUUUGAAUAAGCAAAAUUACUAUGCAGAGAAAUUAUACUAUCAAUCAACACAGGAUCAUUUUUAAUUUAUUCCUUAUAAUUAAAUGAUGAAUAAUAUUUGUUCUAUGGAUGGUUGCAUAUUUCUUUAUUUUGUUUUUUAAUGGGUUUUACCUUAAUUAUUGACAUUCUAGAGUAAGGAUAAAAAGUUUAUUAUAUCCGUUUAAAGUAAAUAUAAACUUAAGAGAAAAUAAAUAUUUAGAGAUAUUCUGAAAAUCCAUUAUAAAAAUUUGUAGAAGUAAACAAUUUAGACAUAAAAAAAUGA